CGCAGCACUUUUGACUCCACGAGCAGCAGUGAUUUCACUCAUCUCCUGCUUUGAACUAUGACUGAAGCAGAGUUAUACACACUGUAUAAGGGGGUCUAUCUGCCCACAGUCCUGCAUACUGCAGAGAACCUCAAAUACUAUGAAGACUUCACUUUCCGCCCUGAUGAUAUCCUCAUUGCAACAUAUCCUAAGUCAGGCACAACCUGGAUGCAGGAGAUCGUCCCUCUGAUCAUGAGUGGAGGAGAUCCGGCCUCUGUUGAGACUCUUCCUAACUGGGACCGUGUUCCCUGGCUGGAGGAGAACCGUGCCCACAUCCUCAACCUUGAAGAGAGGCCGUCUCCUCGCAUGUUAACUACACAUUACAGUUUCGGCAUGAUGCCACCAUCUUUCUCUGAAGUAAAGCCAAAGGUCAUCUAUGUCACGAGGAACCCCAAAGAUGUGUUUACGUCUGCCUUUCACUACUAUGAUAUAACUACUUUCCUGGUGAAACCGGGCCUGCAGAGCGAGUUCCUGCGCAAGUUCCUGGAUGGAGAAGUGAUCUUUGGUUCGUGGUUCGAUCACGUGAAGAGCUGGCUGAACGCCGAGGAUAAGAAAAACAUCAUGUACAUCUCCUAUGAAGAGCUGAUUAUGGACCUGAAGGACUCUGUGGCCAGGAUCGCUAAGUUCUUGGAGAAAUCUCUGGAGGCGGAGGUGGUGGAGAAGAUAGCAGAGCGAUGUUUGUUCAAGAACAUGAAGCAGAACAAAAUGUCAAACUACUCUUUAGUUCCUGCUGAAUUCAUGGACCAGGCCAAGUCAGAGUUUCUCAGGAAAGGAAUCGCUGGAGACUGGAAAAACCAGCUGACAGAAGCAGAGGCAGAACACUUUGACGCCGUUUACAAAGACCAAAUGAAAGAUGUCACCUACAAAUUUAUAUGGGAUUAUUAAACCUGAUGAAACACUUUCACCAUA